UCUCUGCGGUCGGUUUCUGAGCCAGAAGGGCCAGCAAGUGUUAGACCUCAUGGGAGCUCCGAAACGUUGCAAGUGAAAUCAAAAGCUGACCGCAGCGCAGAUUUCCAAAGAAGUGCAUUGAUAUCCUGCAGAGAAACAGAGGAGAAGGAACCCACUGAGAAUCAUCCUCAUUUCCAAUAAGAUGCCAGAGAAGCUGUCCAUUUCCAGGCAGAGUUGGAUCCUUUGAGUGUCUGGAUGAUGAAGGUCUUCCUCCUCCUCCUCGUUUUUGUUUCAGGAAGCCUGGCUGGAGCCACUCAACGACCCGGAAACUCUUCCUUGCAUCGCUUGACCCGGCGUCUUCUGAAGAACUAUGACAAGGGAGUCCGGCCCGUCCAGAACUGGGCAAGGGCCACCAUGGUCUACCUUGACCUCUUUGUCCAUGCGGUCUUGGAUGUGGAUGCCCAAAAUCAGAAGCUGAUUUCAAGCAUCUGGUAUCGGCAGAUCUGGAAGGAUGAAUAUCUCACUUGGAAUUCCAGCCGCUAUGAUGGGAUCCAAGAGAUCUCACUGCCGGUCAGCUCCAUCUGGGUUCCAGAUAUUAUCAUUGGCGAAUCCGUGGAUGUCAGCAGAUCUCCUGAUCUCCCUUAUGUUUACUUAAAUGCCACUGGUGUGGUCAAGCACUACAAGCCCAUGCAAGUGGUGUCAGCAUGCAAUCUGGAGAUGUAUGCCUUCCCCUUCGACAGCCAGAACUGCAGCCUGACUUUCAGUAGUGCCUUGCACACAGUUCAGGAGGUGGAUCUUGCUUUCUGGAGGAGCUAUGAAGAGAUACAGAGCGACCAGCAGCUGUUUCUGAAUGACAGCGAAUGGGAGCUGGUCUCUGUGCUUCCGGAGCAGCACAUCCUACAAAGUCAACCUGGAGGUUUUGCUCAAAUUCGAUUUCAUAUUGUUAUCCGCAGGCGUCCCCUCCUUUAUGUGGUCAGUUUGCUAAUUCCCAGCAUCUUCUUGGUGGCUGUGGACCUGGGCAGUUUCUACUUGCCCCCGAAUUCGGGAACAAGGAUAACAUUCAAAACAAGUGUCCUAGUUGGUUACACUCUCUUCAAGGUCAAUAUGUCUGACAAUCUUCCGGGAGCCGGAAAAAGCACUCCUCUGAUCAGUGUCUUUUUCACCAGCUGUAUGGCUCUGUUGGUCCUCAGCCUUUCCAAAUCCAUCCUACUCAUCAAGUUCCUCCAUUUGGGAGAAGACCGUGUUCGGGAGAUGCUCUUCACAUCUUGCUCUUGCAGGAGCAUCAAUGGAUGUGGCGGUGAUGGAAAUUCUCAGGCUCCUGGACACAUGGAGGAAAAAACCACUUGCCCUGGAGGCAUCUUGCUGAGAAGGAAAGAUUCAAGCAGGGAAGACCAAGAUGCCACACAUCCCCUGGAGAAGGUCCUAAGAGAACUCCUCAUCAUCAGCUCCCACCUCCAGGCCUUGGAGGGAAUGGACAAAGUAGAAGGCAACUGGCUGGUUCUUUCCUACAAGAUGGACAAACUCCUGUUUCGGGCGUAUCUUCUAGUGGUGACUGUGUAUGGAUUCAUCCUAGGUGCUCUCUGGGUGGCAUGGAGUUUGCAGUGA